AGUUGCUUCGGCUCAAGACUGCUGCCGCUGGGCUUCCCUCCGUCGGUCGCCCGCCUCGGUCCGAUGCCUGCGACGAAGCGGGACGCCCGCGCCAUCGCGCUGGAUGCUGCUCGGGGCUCGGCCCUGGCCGUCCACGCGGCUGCGGGGCUGACGGGAGGCGCUGGAGAGCUCGCAGCGGCGAGGCUCCUGUGCGCUGCCGAUGGCAUCAUCAGGUCGGCCGUGGCGCUCCUCGCUGCCCCGGUGCCGCCGCCAGCGCAGGCCCAGGCCCCAAUGGGCCCUCGGAGGCGCAGGCGCCCGCGUGGGCGCGGCGGCAAGCGGGAAGCGGGCCAACCCCUGGCCGACAAGAUGGAGCUCAGCGACGGCAUGGCGGCGGCGGAGCAGUGCGGCCUCGAGGACACCGCGCCCUCGGCUGCGGCGACGCUCGCCCCUGGCGUCGAGGUGGAGGCGACCGCGGACGGCGGAGGCGCCGACGCUGGAGCUGCGCGAGCGGGCCUGGAGCUCGUGCACGCGCCUGCGGCGGCGGCCGACGGCGACGGCGACGACAGGAUGAGCAUCCCUGAGGACGAGUGGGCCGACUCGGUUCAGCGGCGUGCCAGGCCGCCUCCACAGCUGCUGGCGCCAGCCGCCCUCCCCGCCCUGCCCGUCGGCGCGCGGGUGCGGGCCACCGAGGGCGCCAGCGCGCGUGCGACAGCGGUGGUCCUCCUCGACAUGGAGGAUGGCCUCGUCGCGAUCACCUUGGAGGACAACAUCGAGGUGUCUUUCACGGUCCCGCGUGGCGCGCUGGAGUUGCUGGCGCAGCGGCCCGCCAAGUCGGGGUGAGGCCCUCGGGCCGACUCGGCGUGAGGCGAAGGCCUGCGGGAGCGGGCGGCGCGGCUCCCGCAGGCGGCGGCGGCGGCGGGGCUGGGCGCUCCUCGUCGCUACGUUUCGUCGUCCCGCCAGUUAUCCGUGCGAUGCUGGGCGGAAGGGGGCUGGGCCUGAUGCGGACCUUUUUGGUGCAUCCCAGUCCCAGGGCUGGGCCCGAUGCGUUCUCGUGGCGAGUGCAUCCCAGCCCUUUUAUGACACACUUGUGCGUAUCUUUUCGCUCCGCGAUUUGAUAAGAGUGUGCUGGGCCUCAGUGGCUCGCGGCCUCAGUGGCCUCUGUUGUUCAGGGUUUUGUUCGUCUCACUUGUGGUUUCGGACGACUCUCCUCCGACGUGCGACGCUUGCAUACGCAUCCAUAC